UGCGGAGCUGGAGCGGAGUUCCCUUUAUCCCACUUCCGGCUCUUGGUACCUCUCCAGUCUCCCGCGCCCCGCCUGGCCCCCCUCCCACCUGGGCCAGUAUCCCUCUAGUCUCUACUUAUUGGGGCUCAUUCAGGGCUUCAGCGUCAUCCUGCCACCCUGUCACCACUCCCAGCUGGAUGGGGACAUCCCUGCCACACCCUCCCCAGGGCGGUGCCCAGGACCCUUUAGUCCCCUCAUCCACCAUCUCUCCUAUCUGCCCCAUUUCCCUCUCUCCUCUGGGUAGGGAGCCCCUUUGUUUUUCUAGAACUGGACCAGACCUCCUCUGUAACCUCUAUCCUCCCAGUCAUUCCCUCCUGUCACAGGCUCUCCCGGGGGCUCCUCUCACCUGUUCAUCCCUUCUCAACUGGGUCAGGACUUCCUUCCCCAUCUCCAUUCUUCGAAUCACUUCCAGUGACUCCCCGUUUCCUCUUCACAUACACUGUGGGUCCCCUUCUCAUUCUGCUCUCGGCUGCAACCUUACAGUCCAGUUCUCCAAUGGAAAGCUGCAGAAUCCAGGCAACAUGCACUUUACCUUGUACAAGAGUAAAGACUCCACAAACCCCAGGAAGAGGAGUCAGCGAAUCUUAGCAGCUGAAACAGACAGACUUUCCUAUGUGGGGAACAAUUUUGGGACUGGAGCCCUCAAAUGCAACACUUUGUGCAGACACUUUAUUGGAGUUUUGAACAAGACCUCUGGCCAAAUGGAAGUAUAUGAUGCGGAGUUGUUCAACAUGCACCCACUGUUUUCAGAUGAGUCAGUUGAGAGUGAGCUGCUGUCACAGAGUCAGACUAAAACUUACAGAGAAAAGAUGGAUUCUUGCAUUGAAGCCUUUGGUACCACCAAACAGAAGCGAGCUCUGAACUCCAGGAGAAUGAACAGAGUUGGCAAUGAAUCUUUGAAUCUUGCAGUAGCUAAAGCCGCAGAGAAUAUCAUUGAUACGAAGGGGGUGACUGCUCUGGUUAGUGAUGCCAUGCAGGAUGCCUUGCAGGAUGGUUCUGUGUACCUUCCUCCCUGUUACGCUGACGCAGACAAGCCGGAAGACGUGUAUAAAUUUGAAGAUCUUCUUUCCCCUGCUGAGUAUGAAGCUCUUAAAAGUCCAUCUGAAGCAUUCAGGACUGUCACAUCAGAAGAAAUACUGAAGAUGAUUGAAGAGAACAGACACUGUUCCUUUGUCAUUGAAGCACUGAAGUCCUUGCCAUCAAAUGAGGAGAGCCGAGACCGCCAGGCCCGAUGCAUUUGGUUCCUGGACACCUUCAUCAAAUUUCGAGCUCAGAAAGUGAUUAAGCGGAAAAGUGCCUUGGGACCUGGAGUUCCACACAUCAUCAACACCAAACUCCUGAAGCACUUCACCUGUUUGACUUACAACAAUGGCAGUUUACGGAACUUAAUUUCGGAUUCAAUGAAGGCAAAGAUUACUGCAUAUGUAAUCAUACUGGCCUUGCACAUAAAUGACUUCCAGGUUGACCUGACGAUGUUGCAGAGGGACCUGAAGCUCAGUGAGAAAAGGAUAAUUGAGAUAGCGAAAGCCAUGAGGCUAAAGAUCUCGAAAAGAACAGUGCCUGUGGCGGCCGGCAGGGAAGAAGAGCACAGACUGGGCACCCUGUCCAUCCCGCUGCCUCCAGCCCAGACCUCGGACCACCAGUCAAAACGGAGGAGAGUCACCUAGCUGUCUGCUUUCCACACAGAGCAUUUUGGCCACGUCAUAGCCACUUCUUCUGCUCAUUUCCUCUUUUAUUUUUAGAAAGAAAAGAAAAAAGAAGCCUUGCUUUGGUGCAGGUAUGAAGCCAGAAGCCUGCAUCUCAGUCAUGCUUGUCUUAAGCAGAAAUAUAGAGUGAUGGCCAGAUUGGA